GGUUUCCGUCAAUGAAAAGCUUCGUUUGUAUGAGAACCUGGCGACAAAACCAACGUCCAAAGCCAAGCCUCCGAGUCCUGCGCGAUCCCCGACCGCUCAGACUAAUAAGGUGCAUGCUGCCAAGGUCGUCCAUGAAACAGUAGUUACUGAACACGCUGCGACACCGGCUAAGGACAGGCUGCUGCUUCGCCUAGGCAGCAGAGAGUCUGGCAUAGUCGUCUCAUCUACAAGUGCGUUUCCAUACGGGGAUAAUGAAUUAUUACACCAAACCCCAAACCCAAUUCUCGCCGAUGUACGCCUGAAGCGAAAGGAAGAGAAGUCGAAAAAUGAAGAAGCAAGACAGGACGCGAGUGAACAGCAGGUCAAAAUUUUGACGCAACGAUUAAACGAUGCGAUAGUAAGACGAGAUAACACAAAAGGUUGGCGCGGAAAGAAUGCGCAAGUGAACGAAGAUAUAAAGGAGCUAGAGAGUGAGCUGCGAAAAGAAAACGAGCAACUUGUGUCUACUAGAAGCACCGUCAAGAAGCUUCGCGAAGAUAUAGAAAAAAUACGGAAGGAUGACAUCAAGAAAUCGAAUACCAAAGAUGACGAACCAAAGAAGCUUCACACUAGCGAACUAGCGAUAACAAUAUCACCAAAAAAGUCGCUACAAAAGAAGAACUUUGAGAUGGUGGAAUAUACGGUUACAGUUCCCGACAGAGAGGCCAAGCCCAUGCCGAACGCAACUGGUGCGGUAAUGGCAAGACUGAAGGCAUUUGAGGAAAUGGAGAAGAAAAGUAAGGAGGCCGGAAAGUCUACGCCUAAAGCGAAUAAAAAUUAGGCCGCUGAACAAAACUCACGACAUAGCUAUAUCACCCUACAUUAACAGUACAAAUCAGUCAUGUCUAUUAUGUAGUUCUAAUUAUGUCUUGCGUUAGGCAUUGACCCGCACACUCGAACGUGAUCAUGACCUUGAUAGUCACGCGCUAUUGAGGAGCUCAAGAUUAGAGACGACCCAUAUAGCGAGACAGUCGAACGCCAUUUCUGAAUCGGUUUCGUUGAGUACGUUACGAGGCGAAAUUCAAUGGCUCAUAUGAAUGGAAUAGGCUCAUGUAUCAUGAAGUGCAAUUAUCUUGAAUUCAUAACUAGAUGGGUACCUUAAUGUGCGAUCUAGUUAUGUUGUGUUUUGUCUA